AUGAAGACCGAGUUUGGCCCAGUGGGGACUGAGAGCGUGAUGUCAGCUCAGGAGCUCGUGGCCUGCCUCUGCCAGGAGGGGGACAAUCACUUGGCCCUGAGGGAGCUGCCCUUAGCCACAGCCUUCUACCUGGCUGCCUUCAGUUGUCAUGGCCCUUCAGCCAUACGGCACGUGAGGGCUGUCCUGGCUGAGGCCCCAGGGGCACCUGUGGUGGCCACACUGGAGGCCUGGUGUCGUGGGGACAGUCAGAUCCCCGAUAUCCACUGGGAUGGCAUGGCGGUGGUCUCCCUGACCGGGCCACUGGCCUCUGCCUUCCUUGGGGCCAUUUACCCAGACCACCCUGCCACGGUUCUGUACCUCUUAGCUGGCCUGCUAGCCCAUGGGCACUACUCCGAUGUGGCACAGCGCUGCAGUGCCCUGCUGGAUGCACACUCGCAACAGACCCUGGAGCUGCAGCUGACCCGUGCCCUGGCCUGGGUCCUGUCCGUGGACCAGGCCAGCGAGGGCAUAACUGCCUAUCUUCAGGCCUUUGCAUCCAGUGCAGACCGGACAGUGGCCUUCAUCCACACCCACCAGCAGCCCUACCUCCCCACGCUGCUCGGCUCCCUCCAGAACCACCUCUCAGGACACCUGAAGGCCACAGGGAGCCCCACCCCACAGGAGACCAACUGCCUGGAGCUCCUGGAGGCCCUGGACCCUAGGGGCAGCUGGGUGGAUGCCAUGUCACCUAAAGCUCUGCUCCGUAGAGGUAGAUUUGAAGAUUGCUUGGCAGCGUGCAGCCGGGACCUGCAACCUGACUCAACGGGGAACAGACCCCAAGGUGAGCACCUGGUGGCCCUGCUGGUCACCCGCGCAGCCGCGGCCUCCUUCCUGGAUGGCCGAGCCGGGGACAUGCUCCUGGACCUACACGAGGCCUUCCGUGAGAGUCCUGCCAGAGCACGAAGGCACUUUCAGGCCCUGCUGAGCGCCAAGGACCGCGAACGCGUGCAAGCUGAGGCGCAGGAGGCCGCGUUCGUGGGAUUCUCCAGCUUCCUGAAGGCUGUGCGAAGCCGCCCGGAGCUGAGAGAGGACGCAGACCGCGAGCUGUUGAUUCCUGUGACCCACGCGCUCCACGUCCUGCUCCGCGUGGCUCCCGCCCGAAGGCGACGCGCGCUAGGGAUCCGCCUGGCCGAGUGCCUGCUGCUGGCCGGGGACGUGGCUGGGGCUCGCGCGCAGUGUGAGCGCCUCCUGCGGCCCAGGCGUCUUGGGGAGAGCAUAGAGGACCGAACUGGAGACUUGGCGCCGCUGCUAGCGCUGCGCGGCUUCUGCGCUCUGCACGCGAGCGAUGCGCGGCGUGCCCGCAAGGACUUCCAGGCGGUGGUGGAGCGCGGGGCACCGCAUGCGGAAGGCUGCGUGCGCGCACUGUGCGGCCGAGGGCUGCUGCGGGUGCUGGAAGGCAGCGCCUUCCUGGGCGCGCUGGACUAUGUCACCGCCUGCCGGCUGAGGCCGGAGGAGGCGCUGCUAGUCGCCAAAGCCUACGUGCCCUGGAACCAGCGAGGGCUGCUGCUGACCGUGCUGCGGGAAGAGGGCCGCAGGAUGCUGUUACGCUCACCCGGCUGUGUGAGGAAAGAUGCUCAGGGAGCCAGCCCCACUGCACAGGCGCAGGAGGGGGAUGCCUAUGGUGUGUACCAGCUGGCCAUGCUGCUGAUGGAGCUGGAUGCACAGGAUGAGACUUCCUGCCUCCUGGUGGCCGACGCCCUGUACCUCUUGGGCCGCCUGGAUGAUGCUCACAAAUCCCUACUGAUUGCCUUGUCCAGGAGGCCCCAGGCAGCCCCUGUGCUGGUGCGGCUGGCCCUGCUUCAGCUGAGGAGGGGCUUCUGCCAUGAUGCCAACCAGCUGGUGAAGAAGGUGGUUCAGUCUGGGGACAUUGCCUGUCUCCAGCACACCCUUGACAUCUUCCACCACGAGGACCUGAAGCUGCUGCAAGGCCACUGCCACACACGGGCAUUAAGCAUACUGCGGGCACGGCCAGGUGGGCCAGUCGGUGAGGCCCACACCAGGGAAGCCAUCGCCUACCUCUCUUUGGCCAUCUUUGCCACAGGGAGUCAGGCCAGUGAGUCCCUCCUCACCCGAGCCCGCUGUUAUGGACUCCUGGGUCAGAAGAAGACGGCCAUGUUUGACUUCAACUCCAUGCUUCGGGAGGAACCAAGGAAUGUGCAAGCUCUGUGUGGACGAGCCUUCGUGCAUCUGGCCCUGGACCAGACUCAGGAAGCUGUAGAUGACAUGGUCUCUGCCCUGAAGCUUGACCCAGGCACUGUGAUUUCUGAGAUCCGCUCCCUGAUGCCAGAAGUCCAGUCACCCCUCACACGUGGCCUCUGUACCCGCUGCCAGGUCCUCCUGAAACAGUGGCUGGACUCUGGAGGCCCCAUCGGGGAGGAGGACACCCAGAGCCUCCUUGCUGUGGGGGAGGCACUGAUUGGAAUCAAUGCUGCACAGCCCAGUUGGCGCCUGCUUCUCACAGACAUCCUCACAGUGCUGGGCAAGUACCAGGAGGCUGGCAUCCACUUGCAAGAAGCCCUACAGCUCACCCCAUCAUCAGAGGCUGCCCAAGCCCGGCGAGGCUUGCUCCAGCUUAAAAAGGGAGAUGUGUCCAGUGCUAUCCAUGACUUGCAAUGCCUGGCAGAGACAGACACUCAGGACCUCAGCUUUCUGCUUCAUCUCCUUGAGUCCCCAGAGCGGCAGAGUCUUACCCAGGCCGCUGUCAAGGAAGCAAGCAACCUCUUGGAUUUAGGACAGCAGGGGCGGGCCCUGGGCUACUGUUCCUUGGCCAUCCUGGCUGGAGGCAACAGUCCUUAUCUCUUGCGUCUCCGAACCGCCUGCCUGACCCAGCUGCAGGAGUAUGACCGGGCACUCGGGGACCUGGACCGUGUGCUGCAGGAGGGUGCAGAGGACAGUGACCUGCCAAGGCGGACAGAGGAUUUCUGCUCCCGGGGUCGCCUGCUUCUGAGCCUGGGCGAUAAGGAUGGAGCUGCAGGGGCCUUCACCCGGGCCUUGGCCCUGUCACCAGCCCAAGCUCAAAGCAGCCUGUCAAAGCAGCCAGGCCGGGCCCCCACAGCCAGUGUGUUCCUGGCCCAUGGGCAGCGCUGUCUAGAGGAGCAGCACUAUGAAGAGGCCUGGACGGCAGCCCAGAAUGGCCUCCUGAUGGAGCCCAGCCACAGUGGGCUGAAGAGGCUGAAGGCGAGGACUCGAAAGGAGGUGUCCUCUGGCUGCAGACUACACUGACCAGCAGCCUAACUUCUCAUCCAGGGUCACUUGACUCCCCAGAUCCAAGAGCUGCCCUCUCCACUGGCCACCCUUCCCUGUCCUUUGCUAUAGGGCUAAAGAAGACACUUCUGGAAGGCUUAC